AGUUGAAGCGAAGUACAUAUUUCUGUGCAAGUGGAAGUUGUUCCGCAGCGAUUCAGUUGAACGAGUGCGUUUCUGGAGUUCGGAGUUGUUUUCUUGUCGUCUGCGUCUCGUAGUUGUUGUUCGUUGUGCUUGUUUGGGAAAUAAAUGUUGAAGUUGUUUGUGCUUGAAGCACCUUGUUAAAGAAGAAGAAGAAGACGUAGUAUCCAAACGACUGACUUUCGGAAAUAGUGAGUGUAGGCCGAGAUUUAAACGGAUGUUGAUGUUGAUGUGAAAAAUUUGCUAUUUUAAAGUGCAUUUUCGCGGAAGCUUUUAAUUUUACCUACUGACAAAAUUUAAGUGCUGCUGACCAAAACAUAACCAAAUAAUCCAGCUGCUUUGGAUGGUUAGGGUUAAGGCUUAGGGGUUGAGAGCAAUCUCACACAUAUGUGCGACGACAAGAGUACCAUCUAUAAGCAACUGUGUGUGCGUUUGCUUUAAGGGAUGUAUGGAUGAAUUACUUUUACCUAUAUCUAUAUAUGUUUGAACUCGGUUGUCGUCUUAUUUGAUCCCUCAUCAUUGUCGCAUCAUUGAAAGUGAAGCCCAAAAUGAACUGAUAUAGGUACCUGCUUCUGCUAUACGACCAGAUUUCCGAAUUACGUUGGUUCUGUUUGUUGUUUUUCGUUGUUUGGCAAAAUGAAAACUCGGUAUUAGAAGUUCUUUUUUCUUAUUUCAUGUCAAUCAUAUCUCUCAUUGAAAUUAUUAUACAUAAAUAUAUCAAAAGUUACUGAAAAAAUAUGUAUAUUUUUUCUAGUUUGUAGUUUUAUUUACCGUGUGAACUUCUUUGAUUGAGAGAUACAUUUUAAAUUAAAUCUCAGUUCCGAAUUCCGACCGAUUUGCGAAAAAGUGAUGUGUUUCUUGUCGACGACAACGACGACGACGGUUACAAAACGGUCUUGCAUCAUAACAGAAGGAAUGGUGUGAAUACAACGUACAUUAUACGUAUUAUUCCUACAUAUAUAUUUUGUUCAUACAUAUAAAGGCUUGUGGUCUUGGCUUGGAUAGGUGUUUUUUUGCAAGCAGAGUACUUAUACUCUUGUGUGUGUGUGUGUAGCUCAUCGUUAAUGACAGGUAACGGUGGAAAAUAAAAGAAAAGAAAAAAAACGUCUGUUCCUAAAAUUUGUAUCUUCAGUGACGUGCAGCAGUGAAAUUAAAAGUGCAGAUUCUUAAAUAUCUUCGUUGUCUCCGUAGCUGUCCUUUGGUUGUCCUUCGAGUGAGUGUAUCUUUAAGGAAGGGAAAAAUCAACCUACUUCAAAAUGGCUCUCUCUAAAAGGAUUAAAUGCUUUAAAUAUCUGGUCUACAGUUACGUCGUUUUGCUAACGAUAACUGGAGCUGCUCAAAUUAUAAUAGGAACUUCUUUGCUCUGGGGACAUGUUGGUUAUUAUGGCAUCGUACAAAACAAAUUGUGGGCGCCAUCCGCGAUUCUCCUAGCUUUGGGUCCUUUCACAUUCAUCUUGUGCUGGAUGGGAUGUCAAGCGACGAAUCAAAAGAAACGCUGCCUCCUAGGAAUGUUUAGUGCACUAUUAGUGGCAGCAAUCUGUGUGCAAUUCAUUGUGUGCGGUUGGGCACUAGCUAUGCGAGAGAAUCUACCGACUUCGGUUGAGAUUUACGUCGAUGACUCCUUUGUUGAUUUUCUGGAUAAGUUUUCACGUACCAAAGUGGAUAAUUUGCAUCUUUGGAAUCGAAUGCAAUCACAGUUACAAUGCUGCGGUGUGGAUGGACCGUUAGAUUAUAGACGCUUAUCAUUGCCAUGGUCCUGUUGCUCUCGGCCAGAACACGCUUAUGAAUCUGCUUGUGAUACACAUUAUAAACGGGGAUGCCUUGCAGUUUUAUCGGAACAAAUAAAGGUUCGACUUUUGCUGGCUUGCUUCGCUGCCGCUGGCAUUGCACUAGUCCAGAGCUUUGGACUAUUUUGUGCAAUCCACUUGACGGUGCUUCUCGGAAGAAGUGAAAAUGGUGAGGAUAUUAACCGCAUUGCUAAACGACAGCAAGAAUUUUUACCACUGUCCAUUCAAGAUAAAGGAAGACGUGAUCUGCCAUCGCCAUUGAGUUUAUCACCAUCAGCACCUGGCCAUCGACUUAUGAAGACUGCUCCACCACCGCCACCUACAAUGCCGAAAUGACAGACGAUUAGUUUUUAAAUAAAAUAAUUAUAUAUAAUUAAAUAUAUACGUACACAUAUAAUAUACUUCAAAUUGUACUUAAAUUUAAUAAUUAACAAAAAAGGCAAACAAAAUAUUUAAAAAAUCCUGUAAAAACCAACAAAAAAAUGAUAAAAAAAUAAAAAUAUCUUAUUUAGAAAUUUAAAACAUUUGAAAAAAAAAAACAAAACAAAGCCCACUGCAUUCCGGCACAAAGUGGUCAUCCAUUACCGUAGUUUGUGAUAGAAUUUUUUGUCUGGCGAUCUCUCUCUCUAAAUAAAAAAUAUAAAAAAGAUUAUAUUUGUAUAAAAACUAAUUGUAAACAAUUUAACACUCAAAUUGUAAAGUUCCAGCGAAUAUUUUUCCAAAAACAAACAAAUUUAACUCAUAAGUAAAUGCAACAACCAUUACAGAGUCAGAAAUGUUCAGAAAAGUAUAUUAUUCGAAAUGAAAAAAAUGAAAUGUGAGAAAUCGAGCCACUCUCUCUAAAUUGGAUACCGAACGCUUGAACCAGAAAGUUAUUGCCUCCAGAAGACAAAACCAAAUGAAUGGACACCAUAUCGUCCUUCCUACUUAUCACUCGAACUGAAUACUAAGACGAAUGCCAAUAAAGAUGUCACCACCUAUUAUACAUUUUGUAAAAAGAACGUCGUUUUCUCAUUUGACUUUUCAAAUUUUUUCAUUAUUUUUUUUUUGUUUUUACAAUAAAUACAAAAUAAAUAAAACACACUAACGAAUCUGAAAAUCGAACUAAAAUGCGUUGGAAAUCGGCCUCAAUCAGAGGGAAAUAUUACGAGUAUAUUAUUGAAGAAGUUGGGAUGGAAAUAAGCGGAAGCCUUUUUAGAAAUUUACAAAUAGACUAUAGGUAGGAAAUGUAAUAAAAUUAUUUAUAUAUUAUAUAUCUCAAGACAAAUGUUAAUAUUAUUCAUCUAAAAUAAAUUUUCAAUAUAAAAUAAAAACAAAAAAAACUGCCAGUUGAGUAACUUUCCCAAAAGUUGAAUUUAAAACAAAAAACAUUAUAAUCAAAAGAAAAAAGAUUUAGAUAUUUUUUAUUAUUUAGGCAUAAGGAAAAGCACUUUCUGUAAAUGCGCAUGUUUAUCCUACGGAUAUCGGAAUUUUAUACACACAGUACACAUACAUAUGUUUUAUGUAUAAAUAUUUAAAGAUAAAACUGCAGAAGACUUUAGAACACGCAAUAUUAAAGAGCACGUAUAAGUAAAAGUAUAGAAAAGAAAGUAUGAAGACAACGUAACACGAUAAAAAUUAAAACAAAAACAAUCUUACUUACAUUUUAACUUUAAGAUUUUUUAAUAAGUUUUAAAAUAUUUAACACGACAUCACUGAAUUAACACUGUAAAAAAAACAACAGCCCUUCAAGUUUGGCGCUCACGGCAUUGUAGAAAACUGACAUGAGGUCUCGGGCUGACUUUAUAAGUCAGCUAUAAGCCAGGAAAUGGUAUAUGCAGGGAAGUUUUUGUAUCAAUAGAAUUACAAUUCAUGGGAUUUAUUGAAUAAAAAUAGAAGAUUUAACAGUUUAUAUUGAAAUCAUACGAAAAAAUAUUCUUUUCAUUUGUAAGACCAGUUUAAGUGUUUUUACAAAGCAAAGUUAAACUACGUUCUAUAAAUCUGAAUUCGAAAUUACUACUAAUCUGGCUGUGACUAAAUUAUGAAAGUCAUUGUGCAUUACUUCUUUUCCAAGUUCACACUUUUCCAAGAAACACUUCUCCAAAUCAAUUAGGUAGGAGCUUUUGAUUGCAUUAAAGUAAAUUUAUUAUUUUCGAGUGGAAGUGUAAUGCAGAUUCUAUCCACAAAAAUUAUACAAUUAACUUCGUAACAAUUUUGUAACCUAAUAAUUAAAUAAUUUACACUCUUUUGUUCAUUGACAAGUGAAUCCACAAUUUCGUAUCGAUGAUUUUUUUUAAUUUAAUAACUGAACUCAAUUUCCAGGAACUUUCAGUCAAUAUAUUUGUCUAAAAAUAAACAACAAAUUUUCCAACAUUUUCCUCUACAAGUUAAAAACUUUUAAUAAUUCAAUUAUUUCAAUUAUUGUAAUUCUAUGAUAAUGAUACAGGAACUGCAAUGUAAAAUAUAAAUAAUAAAGGGAUAUUAGAAAAAUGUUAUAACGCAUGUAAAUAAGCUGAAAAUGAAUAGACUAGCAAUAAGGCCCGAUACAUUACACACACACAAAAAAAACAAAAACAAUAACUUGACUAAAUACAUAUGUAAAACAAAAAUAUUUGCUGGGAUUAAGUUUACAAAAAGAUCGCUCGUUUUAAUUUGUAAAACUAAUUACUUAAACAAUUUAAAGCCAGAAAAUUAUUUUAAAAAUCGUAGUUGUUGACUUUAAAUUUUAAAAAAUAAAAUGCGACAUAUACAUAGUUGUUCGCUCUUAGAGAAAAUCCACAACUUAAAAAAUAAAUCAACUUCAAUGUAUAAUUAAAUGAAAGAUGAAUAAAAAUGUAUUUUUCUAUUAAUCUAAGGUAUAUUAAUACGGGGAGGUAUCUGAAGAAGAAAAAGAGAAUAGAAAAAACAAAAUCCUCUAAUUUAUUUUAAGUUUAUAUUUUAUUUUCCGAACAUGUACUUAUUUAAUUGUGUUUAUUUUUGUUCAUUUCUUCAAUAACUUUUUUGUUUCUUAAAAGCUCACUUUAAACAUUUUGCUUUAUUUCACUUCUUUCGCUAAGCAGUACCUAUUAAAUGAAUGAAAACAAUAUAAUAAAAAUAAAGUUUGAAGGAUGUGAACAAAAACAGAUAAUUAAAAUAAAAAACUUAUUUUCGAAUGUACUUAAAAUACUUUGGGUAGCUAGUAAUAUAAAUAAAAUAAUAAUAAUACAAAAAACAAAAACAUUCAAAAACACUUAGUAGAUUUUAGCUUCACUAUUAUUGACCAAUUUCAUCAUUAUAACAAUGAAAAUUUAACUUUAAUUGAAAUUCAAUAUUAAAUCAAAAUAAAAAAAUAACUAAACCUUUCAAAAUUCCAAAAAAAAGAAAAACACAAAAAAAACAUUACUUAAAAAUUGAAAAAGAAAAACAAUGUUCAAAUUGAAAAUAUAUUAAUUAAGAAAAAAAAACUAAUAAAUUCCCAAGUGUUUAAAGUUAAAUUUUAAACAUUUUAAUGUUAGUUGACAUUUAUAUGUUUUUAGAUGCAAUACACAAGUUGUUUUAUCAUAUAAACAUAACAAUACAUCUACAUACAUACAUAUUUGUGAUCAUUUAUAGGAAAUUAAAUUGUUAAUUUAAGUCUCUCUACAUAAUACAUUAUAUCCGAUUUCAUGAGAAUGUUAUUCGUAUAUUAUGUUAUGUUAUGUAAUCUAAACCUAAAACAAAUCUAACCUAAACAUGUCAGACUUUUUGUAUUUUUUUUAAGCCUCAUGUCAAUCAUCUCAAUAAAAUAUAUUUAUUUGAAUUCAUAAAAAAAACA